AUGGUUUUCAACACCGAACUCACACGCCGGCUCGGCAUUAAAGUUCCCGUUGUCCAGGGUGGGAUGCAAUGGGUCGGAUAUGCCGAAUUAGCAUCUGCUGUAUCCAACGCAGGCGGUCUUGGUAUUCUCACAGCUCUGACCCAACCUACCCCGGAGGACCUGCGUAAGGAGAUCCGAAAAUGCAGGACCAUGACCAAGAACCCAUUCGCUGUCAACAUCACUCUCCUACCCACGAUGAACGCUCCACCCUAUGGCGAGUACGCCCAAGUCUGCAUCGAUGAGGGAAUCAAGAUUGUGGAGACAGCAGGCAAUUCGCCUGGCCCGGUCAUCAAGCAGCUGAAAGGCGCUGGUAUCAUCAUUCUUCACAAGUGUACUACCAUUCGACAUGCUCAAUCCGCUGUAAAGCUUGGCGUGGACUUCCUAUCGAUCGACGGCUUUGAGUGUGCUGGCCAUGUGGGUGAAUCGGAUAUUACCAACUUCAUCCUGCUCUCAAGAGCGAGACAAUCCCUCGGAGCUCCGUUUAUUGCUUCUGGCGGCUUUGCGGAUGGCCAGGGACUAGCCGCCGCCCUAGCCCUAGGUGCGGAAGGUAUCAAUAUGGGCACGAGAUUUAUGUGCACUGUCGAAGCGCCGAUCCACGUUAACAUCAAGCAAGCAAUUGUGGAUGCCUCGGAACACGAUACUGAGCUCGUGUUGAGAAGAUGGAGGAACACUUCCAGACUAUUCAAGAACAAGGUUGCCCAGGAAGCUGUCGCGAUCGAGAAGAGCAGCACAACCGGCAAAUUUGAAGAGGUGGCUCCAUACGUGUCCGGGAAGCGUGGGCGAGAGGUCUUCAUCAACGGAGACAAGGACUUCGGCGUCUGGACUGCUGGUCAAGUCAUUGGGCUGAUUCAUGAUAUUCCAACGUGCCAGGUGCUUCUAACGAGAAUCGAGAAGGAGGCUGUGGAGGCCAUUGAAAGGAGUCGGAAGUUCUAUGAACCCCAGAGCAAACUAUGA